UGUAAAUUGCUGCAUGUGCAACUGCUUAAUGUGCUAAUUGUGCUUAUAAUAACUAAAUAAAAAUGGAGGAGAAGGUGGAAGAGUGCUUAUCAUGGAAAUACCUCCCCCUAAAGCUAGAACUACAAGACAUCACUAAAACGUUCAUAGAAGUCAUAAUGCCAGUCAUUAAACCAUCCUGGAGUACCGAGCACCUCCAGACACUACACUGCUGCCAAGACCUCGGGGUAUCAAACGAUCUACUAAUCUGCUUCUAUCAAGAAGGAUCCAACAAGGAAGAACCAGGUAACGUAGUGGUCCUAAGAGUCAAUGGAGGACACACUCACCUCUUUAUUGACAGAGAACAAGAAGCCAUUACUCUACAAGUAGCUCAUAAACUCACUGGACAGAAUCCUCCAUUAUACCUUCAAUUAACCAAUGGGCUGUGCUAUGGGUAUGUUCCCGGUCGACCGCUUGAUGGCAGUGACAUUAUAAACCAACACAUAAUGAGGAGCACUGCCUCGGCCAUCGCACAAUUUCACACACUCAUGAAACUACCAAGUCGUUUCCACGGCGACACAUCAAUAAUACCAUCAACAUACAAAAAGUAUUAUCACCUCAUUCCGACCCGUUUCCAUGACGAUGAAACAAACGAGAAAGUCUUUGCGACAUUUGAAUCGAAAGAGAGUCUAAAAAGAGAAAUGAAAGAGAUGGUGAGAGUAAUGAAUACGUUUAAGUCACCACUAGCUUAUUGUCAUAACGACUUACAGUAUGGUAACAUUAUUUACAACAAGAGAACUGGCAACUGUAUACUCAUUGAUCACGAGUAUGGAGGAGUCAACUACACUUGCUGUGACCUGGGGGACUUCUUUGGAGAGAUGGCUGGACUGAACAUGCCUGACUAUAGCAAGUAUCCUAAUGAGGUGACACAGAAAUGGUUCAUUAGAAUGUACCUUGAAGAAAGGAAUAAACACAAAGGUAUGUUACAUGAAGGGGUUAAUGAGGAAGAGGUGUGUCAGUUAUACUGUGAGUCCAAUAAAGGCUGUCUAGUGAUGCAUUUGCUCUGGGUCUUGUGGAGUUUGGUGCAGGCUCACCUAACUGGUCUGACUGGUUUCGAUUACCUUGAAUAUGCAAGGCUGAGAUACGCCCACUACAAGGAGUUGAAGAAAAGAAUGAAUGGAACAUUGACGAUUAAAUGAGCAGAAUCACAAAAUUUUAGACUAAUAAUUAUUGUUAUUAUUAUUGUUGUUGUUAUUAUAAUGUAUUAUACAAGAAUAAAUAAAUUUUUCCUUUUAAAGCUAAGAGCUCUUUAAUCCCA